AUGGAGGAGGCACCAUUAUUGGUUAUGGAAGAAUCUACCUCAGAGGCUGAUUACAUGGCAGUGAAGAGCUUCAAGGAUGUCAAAUUUGUGUUGCGCAUAGAGACAGUGAAGUUAUGGAAGAUUGCAGCACCAAUGGCACUCUCAUCACUCUUUAAUUUUCUCACAAUUUCAUCACUCAACAUAUAUGCUGGCCAUCUUGGAGACAUUGUUCUCUCUUCAAUAUCUCUUUACUUUGGUGUAAUCAGUGCCAUCUAUUUUACUUUGCUGGUUGGUAUGUCAUCUGCAUUAGCAACACUAUGUGGACAAGCUUAUGGAGCAGGGCAAAUUCAAUCCACUGGAAUUUAUGUCCAAAGAUCAUGGAUUGUGUUAGUUAUGACCUGCAUAAUCCUCUUACCAACUCACAUAUAUGCAACAGAAAUCUUAAAGUUUCUUGGCCAAGACAAAGAAAUAGCAAAUCUUGCAGGCAAGUAUGCAAUGCAAGUAAUUCCCACCAUGUUCUCCUAUGCUAUUGGUUUUCCAAUUCAAAGAUUUCUUCAAGCACAGAGCAAGGUCAAUGUGAUCAUGUUCAUAUCACUUGUGUCACUAAUACUACAAAAUCUGUUGCUUUAUAUAUUCAUCUAUGCAAUGGAAUUGGGUACAACAGGGUUAGCUAUGGCCAAUAACAUCACAUGUUGGUUCAUGGCUUUGUCUCUUGUUGUGUAUGUUGCUGGUUGGUGCAAGGAAGGUUGGAGUGGUUUUUCUUGGUUGGCUUUCAAAGAUUUGUGGCCAUUUACUUGGCUAAGCCUUUCUUUAUCUCUUAUGAAUUGCUUGGAGCAAUGGAAUGGUACUUUCAUUGUGUUGCUUGCUGGUCAACUAGACAACCCUACUAUUUCUCUUGCUUCUUAUAAUAUUUGCUUCAAUGUCUGUGGUUGGUACACCAUGCUGAUGCUUGGAGUCAAUACUGCUAUAAGUGUUCGAAUCUCUAACACACUUGGGAUGUCGCAUCCAAGAGCAGCCAAAUACUCAUUCUAUGUGACAAUGUCUCAGUCUCUCUUCAUUGGAAUUUUAUUCUUGAUUUUUGUUUUGCUGAGCAAAGAGCAUCUAGCUCUCAUCUUUACCAACAGCGAGGAUAUGAUUAGAGCUGUGUGCGAUUUAGCAUACCUGCUUGCUGUAGCCAUUCUUCUUAGUAGUCUCUCACAAGUUAUAUCAGGUGUGGCAAUUGGGAGUGGAUGGCAAGUUAUGGUUGGAUACAUAAACUUGGCAUGUCAUUACAUUGUUGGACUCUCUCUUGGCUAUUUUCUUGGUUUCAAUAAACAUUUGGGGGUUAAGGGUCUGUGGGGAGGCACAAUGUGUGGCAGUAUCAUUCAGAUUUUUGUGCUUAUAGUCAUUAUUUGGAAGACCAACUGGACCAAGCAGGUAGAGCAAACAGCUAAUCGCAUGCGAAUAUGGGGCUCCAAGAAUUUCCAGAAGGACAUGAUCUAAAAUUGAAAGUGUGUUGGAUAUGUGUACUAUAACUGUAAUAUAAUAUUUCAUGGGGGAAUACUACGGUACAAAUGUUAGAUACAGAUAUUUUUUUUUAGUGCUUUUUAUAUUUUUUUUUUUGGACAGUGUGGUUUACA